AUGUCGCGCAACCGUCCUCGCGGUCCCCCGACAAACCGGGACAAUGGCAUUGCUGCAAAUGAAGAAACCGACAUGUGGAACAAAAUCAUCCAGGAAGUGCGGCGUGCCAAGGAAAAGAAUGACAAGCAGAAAGCUCUCGCUGAACAGAUUGCCUCUUUGAACGAGAAGAUUGGACGAGAAGGGAACAAACCAACGCUUGCAGAAAUCGGCCAGCUCGACGGCUGGUACCGCCAGAUUGUCAAGCUAAGCGAUGAAGAAAAAGCGAUCUUGCAAGAAGAUCCCAGCGACGUAAUCAAGAACCUGGGUCUACUGACAGCGCUGCGGUCGGCAUCGGAAGCCGAGACAACGGCCAGUCGGGCAGCGUCUCUUCCCAAGUCCAGUAAGCCAAGCAUUGUUGCCAGGGAUGGCGCUGCUGUCCAUGCUGCCGCAGCAUCUAAUUCUGCUCUGUCAGACAAGCUCAACCGAGUCAAAGGCAGCACACAGCGGAGUUCCAGCGUGUCGAGUUCCGGCCAUGCCCGCGAGUCCCGCGAUGCAGUCUCAGUCAAGGUCGAAGAGGGCGCCGAGGGGGUCAAGGGAACCGUCGCCGAACGCAGUGGUCAAUUUGUCGUCGGCGCAGAGGUUGUCUAUAAACACAGAAACAAGCAGGGUGUCGAGGGCGAGGGCAUCCAAUGCAUUAUCAAGAGCAUCUCGGGGGAUGGGACCAAGAAGCGGUACGACGUCCAGGACCCAGAGCCUAAUGAGAACGGCGAGCCAGGGGCCAUAUACAAGUCAUCGGCAAGCUACUUGAUCCCAAUCCCGCAGAUAGGCUCACCGCUACCGUCUUUCACCGUUGGAAAGCAGGUCCUCGCGCGGUACCCCGACACAACGACGUUUUACCGUGCAGAAGUCAAGGGCACAGCAAAGAAGGAGACCUACCGCUUGAGGUUUGAAGGCGAAGAAGACGAGAAGGAAAUGGACGUGGACCGACGAUUUGUCCUCGACACCACCGCUUCAAUUGACCCGUCUCUUUUGCUCUCCAUCGUUGCCGACUCGGCCAUUAUGGCGGGGAAAUCGUCUCCGUUCAUUGCGCCGCAACCUCUGCGAUCCAGCGCGCCGAUUGACAACUUCGGUCUGGACAACACAGCAGUAGACAAGGCGCCUUCUUCUGCGGCAGAAUCAGAUUCACACCGGAUUUCAGACCAUCGCGAUAUUCUGCGCAGGACGCUGGAUAAUAAUAAUGACACCAACAACGCCACCACCACGCCGGCACUCCCGGAAUCCAUUAUAUCGCCGGCCUUCACGCCGCCAUCCACACCGGGAGGAACGGUUAUCGUGCCAGAACAACGACAACUAAAUGCGCAAGAUGUGUCGCAGAAGAUUUCGCACGCAACAAAGGGACCUAAAUUACUACAGAAGCUGCCACAUGUAGAAUGUGUUGUUCGCGCACGCAUCCCCACGACGACCGGUGCGGAGAUGUUUUUGCAUCUGUACCAAAACGAUGCCGACAACAAAGAGCAUCUGGCGAUUGUGUUUGGGAACCAUAUUCGAUCAACGAGUCUGGACCGCGUGCAGGAAGGCGAGACCGAGAUGGAUCGCAUGAUUCGGGGCGCGUAUGUGGGAAGAUUACAUCCGGGGCGAGUCAGCAGUCGACUCGAUGAAGGUACCUCUUCGCCAAAUGCCUCAAAUGAUUUGUUGGGUGGAGGACAGCGACAGGCGCCUCUUGUUCGGAUUCAUUCUGAAUGCUACACGGGCGAAACCGCCUGGUCGGCACGAUGCGACUGUGGCGAGCAGCUCGAUGAGGCUGCGCGGCUAAUGUCCAUGGCGUCAGAACCUGUGCCUGAGCAGCUUCAUGGUGAAGAUGAAGAAGAGGUGGUGGUAGUAGAAGAAGGAGGCCCUGUCUCUCCAGACCAUGUUUCCGACGACGGGCCCGGCGGCGUGAUCAUCUACCUGCGCCAAGAGGGCCGCGGUAUCGGCCUGGGGGAAAAGCUCAAGGCAUACAACCUGCAGGACCUGGGGUCUGACACGGUAGAAGCCAACCUGCUGCUACGACAUCCGGCUGAUGCGCGGAGCUAUGGACUGGCCACGGCCAUGCUCGCAGAUCUCGGCCUGGGCGUGGACGCAUAUCCGGAGGGAAUCCGCUUGCUCACCAACAACCCAGACAAGGUUCGUGCAGUCGAGGGCCCCAACCGCGAGGUCCGUGUCAAGGAGCGGGUUGCCAUGGUGCCGAUUGCCUGGCGAACUGGCGGACAAAAAGGUAUUCGAAGUACGGAAAUCGAGGGUUAUUUGCAGACAAAGAUUGGAAAGAUGGGCCACAUGAUCCGAUAG